UAUAUGACAAAGGAGAUAUAAAUUGAUUUAUAUUGUGCAUGUGUAUAUUUUGAUAACGGUUUGGACAGGCUGAGAGGAAAAGCAGUGUUGGGUUCUGUUAACGAAACAUAUAUCAGUGUAAAAUAACCUCAGCGCAACGGAAGCAGCAUGGCAAGCAUGCGCAUUACGGUCUUUCUAUUUUCCAAGCUCAUGCAGAUUGCACGCUGCAAAUUCGCUGUCGAUUUUUUCUCACCAGUUGGGUUCAUCGUGAUUUUUCGGGUUAAAAGUACAUCGUAUCUUUUACAUUAAUUAUUUGAGUUGAUAUUGCAUCAAAAUUAUAAUCGGGACAUUGGAACUGUAAGUAUAUUUUCACUUAGCAUCUUUCCGCUGUGUGACCUACUUUCACCGCGUUCUUUGUUCCUUUGUUUACUUGUGGCAAAAUUCAACCACAAUUUUUAUAUCAGCUUAACGAUGCCAUUUUCUACUCUCAUUAUUGGACAUUCCUUCACGAAACGUCUCCAAUCUUGGUGCGUAGUAAACAAAAAAAUUAACAUGAAUUUGUCAACUGAACGCAAUCAAAUUUUCUGGCAUGGCAUUGGAGGGGGAUUUCUCCUUCCCGCCGAUAAGGAAAAAUCAUUGUGGCAAUCAACAUAUCUUAUUGCUGAGCUUGACAUAGAUAUCGCAUUUAUAGACAUAGGCAGUAAUGAUUUAUGUGACAUAAAUUGUUCUGCUGAAAAUUUUGUCCAGAAUUUGUUUGCAUUUGCAUCCUCCCUUAUAAGGAUGGGAUGUAAAAAAGUUGUUCUCUCUGAAAUUCUGGAGCGUCGGGGAAACAACCAAUUUAAUUCCAAAGUACGUCAAUCCAAUAUGUAUAUACGGCUGAGAUGUCAGAACACUGCCAACAUACUUUUUUGGUCUCAUUGCAGAAACAAUUUUAAUUCAAGGUUUGUACGUGAUUUCUCUGCCAAUGACGGAGUUCACGUACAUCAAGUGCGUGGGAUGCCAAGAUAUUACAUGUCAGUACGAAGUGCAAUCCUUUUCGCGGAGAGGCGUGUGGGAAUUUAAAUUGCUGCCUCGGUCAAUAGUCCCAGCAUUGGGCUUGAUCUUUUCAUUUUUCAUAACUUUUAGUUAUUUUUUCAGAACACACUUGUCACACGGUGAACUGAUCUGCAGUGUGUAUAUUGCCGUACCUGGGUUCAGCUACACUCUAUCAAUUGCACCUCCUUCCUGUGAAGUGCAUAUCAGCAACACCCUAGCAUAAUGCCCAAGAAGAACCCCAAGACAGCUGGAACGGGUAAACGAAAGGCAGUCCAGGAUCAAAACACGGGGAAUAAACAGAGCCGCCUAGCAGUCCUUUUAGCUGACGCCAUCUCCAAGGAUGACGAAAUUCUGUCCGAAAUCGGCGAACUCCUUGGGAAUAAGGACAAGAACAAGGCUGACGGUACGGAGGUUCCUUCUAUAUCAUCCGAGUCGUCCGAUGACGAAUGUACAUCCGUGAGUGUUAGUGAAACAUCUAUGCAUACCGCCUAUGCAUAUGAAGACAUUUCUUUAGGGGCUUUCUCAGCUAUUCAUCCCCCGCUUGAUCAAAAACUCAUUGAUAAAAUAACAAACGGAGAGUUUGUGGAUUUUCCAUAUUUACUAAACAAAGAUCACAAUAAUGAAACCACAACCAUCAGAAAAACAAACAAUGCCACCAUUACUUCAAUACAAAAGUCAUCCCCACAGCCCAUUACUGAAAUUGGCCAAUGGAAUAGGGCUUUCCAAAUGUAUGCUGACGUUUACUCGGCAAAAUACCCUACUCAAGCCCCUCAUCUCUUUCGUUACAUGUCAAUCAUUCAACACCUUGCAAACACAUCAAAACACUGGCAACUCUAUGAUGAGAAGUUCAGAAAACUGCGUGCUGUCUCACCUUCCAUACCCUGGGGCAUCAUACACACAGAGACGUACCUAUUUUGCUCAAUACUGAACCAGCCCUUUCGUGGCCCCUCUAACAACAACUCAAAAUUUCUGUCAAACAAAAUCAUGUUCAGAAAAGGUUACUGUUGGGAUUACCAACAGUCUGGGCAAUGCAGAAAGCCAAAGUGCACUGUCGCCCACCAUUGUAGCAACUGUGAAGGACCCCAUGGCGCUUCACGUUGCUCAAAGCCAUUUAAUAUGCCAAAGAGAUACUCUUUCAACACACCAAACUUUCAAAAAUCAGGCCACUCUUCAACCAAACAGUGAGAAGAACUUUAAGUUGCCUACACCCGUUCUUAUCAACACAUUAGCACCUUACCUUGAUGGAUAUGACACAGACAAAACACAUUUCUUGGUUAAGGGUUUUAAUCAGGGAUUUUCAUUAGGAACAGCUGACUACAUUCCUCCUAGGGUAUCACAGAACCAUUCUUCAGUUCAUAAAAACCUCGAUUUUGUCAGAAACAAAAUAGCCACUGAGGUUACACGUGGGCGCAUAAAGGGUCCCUACAUUACACCACCUCUGCCAAAUCUCGUAUGUAGUCCCCUUGGAGCGGUACCAAAACGCACCAAAAACAGCUUCAGACUCAUUCAUGACCUUUCAUUCCCGUCAUCCAAAGCAAUGCCAUCAGUGAAUUCCCUUAUUCCAAAACAUAAUUCUGUGGUUACGCUUGAAACAUUUGACCACGUUGCAUCACUCAUUCUUCAAUGUGGCCGAAACUGUACAAUUGCAAAAGCUGACAUUGAGGAAGCUUUCCGCAUAAUUCCAAUAUCACCAUUGGAUUAUCACAAAUUGGGAUUCACAUUUGAAAACAAGUACUAUUUUGACACCGUUUUACCAAUGGGUGCUUCAUCUUCAGUGGCCAUUUUUGAAGCUUUCUCAACUAGUAUACAGUGGAUCCUACAACACAAACUCCACAUAAACUACGUAUCUCACAUCAUUGAUGACUUUAUUUUUGUCGGUCAUGCCGGUUCGAAUACAUGCUUUAAUUCUCUUCAAAUGUUUUUAGAUUUUGCUAAAACAAUUGGUUUGCCAAUUAAGUCUUCAAAGACAGUUUUCCCAAACACCCAAGUUGAAGUGCAUGGUAUUCUUGUAGAUACCAACUCUCUCACAGCAAGCUUGCCACCCGACAAGGUACAACUUUUACGCACACUGCUAGAAAGUUUUAAAAAGCGUAAAAAGGUAACCCUGAAACAAUUGCAAUCCCUCUUGGGUCACCUCAACUUUGCCUGUAAGGUUAUCAAACCGGGAAGGUGCUUCUUGCGCCGCCUAUACGACUUAACUAUUGGGUGUACGAAACCAAACCAUCAUAUCCGCCUUACAAGCGAAACAAGGGCUGACAUAGCUUUAUGGCACACAUUUCUCAAUGAUUACAAUGGCUGUACUCUUUUAACAGGGGAUAGAUUUACCACUUCGACAACUCUUAAGUUAUUCACCGAUGCAGCAGGGUCAAAAGGUUUCGCAUGUACCCACGGGUCAUCUUGGACCUUCGGUAUAUUUCCCCAAAAAGUCAAAGAACAUCAUAUCAACAUUCUCGAACUGUACCCCAUUGCCCUGGCGGUUAAUAUGUUUGGACAUCUUUGGCAAAACACUAACAUCUGUUUCAUCUGCGACAAUAUGGCAGUAGUGUACUGCCUAAACAAACAGUCCUCUAAGGACAAAACCAUGAUGAAGCUCAUUAGGAAUAUCGUUCUCUCCGCAUUGGAAAACAAUUUUUGUUUCCAGGCCAAACACAUUAGCACAAAGAAAAAUACAAUUUGUGACUUACUUUCUCGGUUACAGGUUCAAGAAGCACUGACCUUAGCCCCACAUCUGAACAAAACACCGCUACCAUUACCAAUCCAGAUGAGCCCACUAGCAUUGCUGCAAUGAAAACUCAUCUAAUAACUGCAUCUCUUGCUCCGUCAACAAGGCUCUCAUAUAAAAGAUUCUGGUCAAGGUUUACUGUUUUUGUUUCAAAUAUGCCAGAAUCAAGAAGCUACUUACCAGCAACAUCCGACACAGUUGCCUCAUUUGUGGCCCACCUACAUUUACUGAAAUACUCCCCGUCGACCAUCAGCAGUCACCUUUCAGCAAUAGCGUAUCAACAUCAGCUCACAACUAAUCCUGACCCUUGUAAUUCCUUCAUCGUACGCCGCAUGGUUCUAGGCGCACACAAAACCAACUCAAAAUCUGACUGCAGAAAACCUCUUCUGUACGAGGACAUAAAGAAACUUUGCAAAGCCACAGCAUUUGUAUUUGCAACAAAUCCCUUUUUGAGACAGUUAUGUCAAGCGAUUCUCUUGAUAUCCUUUCAUGGAUUUUUUCGAAUGGGCGAACUUCUCCCUUCUAAAAGCAGCAAAGACCAUCAAGUCGUACAAUUGAAACAUGUGGAAUUUAAAAAGAAAUCUGUUCACAUAAGACUGCAUCGACACAAAACUAAGAAAACAAGCACACCAUGUUCAAUAAUCAUCCCCUCUUCUAAAUCCUUUUGCCCUGUCACCUACUUAAAAAGCUACCUCAGUCUGAGAGGGAAUAGUAAGGGCCCACUUUUCAUAUUGGCAAACAAUUCCUCUUUAACACUGGGAAAAUUCAAAACACAUUUCAUGAAACUUUUGCACUUUGUCAACCUGUCACCUAAAUACUACAAAUUCCACAGUAUUCGGAUUGGAGCUUGUACACAAGCAGUUAUAUCAGGAAAAUCUGAACAAGAGAUCAUGCUGUUAGGAAGAUGGAAAUCUAAAGCCUUUAGAAAAUACAUUAGACUUUCAAAAAUUACAUCCUAGUACUAUUGGUGUUGGUCGUGCAUCAAAAUGAACAGGAUUUGCUCCACAUAAUACCUUUUCAUUUAUGGAGAUAUUGGUUGUGUAUCUCUACAGUAUACUCAUACCACUUGCCUUUACCAUAAUACUCUGUUGAUGUUGGUAGUGCAUCAACAAUUCAUAUGCAAUUUGAGUUGUUUCUAGUCAGCAUGGAAUUUCUUUGUUAUUCCUCUUACUUGUCUAUUGUUAAAAUAACUAAAGCAAUACUAAAUUUUGAACAUACUGUGUAAUACUACUUUGAAGUGGUCAUUGUAUACUGUACCAUUUACAUGUUUUUACAUUCAUGUAACUUAUAAUUUACCUUAACCUUUUCUGGUCAUUUACCAUUGCGUCAACUUGUUAUGUGCUCAUAUUUGAUAUCACGAGGCAAUAUUACAUGUACAUUGUUGUAUUUUCUAUUUAUAUACAUAUAUGUUAAACAUUUGGCAUUUGCUUUCUUGGCCAUAAUUCAACUUACUUUAGUCAAUAUCUUUGCGCUCUCCCUUCCGUUGGUUGGACUUGGUUUGGGACUUUCUUAUACGUCCAACUUUAUGGGACUUUUACCCAUUACUUACACUAUUAUGUAAUCAUUAUUAUACAAGUUAUGCGGACUGGGUUGCAAAUGCACCAGUCCUUUUCAAAAUAAAUUCCGGCAGAUGCAAUGUGCAUCAGCCCUUUUCAAUCCAAUUGGGUGUUAGUAUUUACUGUCCCAUAAAUAAACUUUGGAUGUGAGAGCGCAAAUAUAAAAACAUAAUUUAUAUGACAAAGGAGAUAUAAAUUGAUUUAUAUUGUGCAUGUGUAUAUUUUGAUAACGGUUUGGACAGGCUGAGAGGAAAAGCAGUGUUGGGUUCUGUUAACGAAACAUAUAUCAGUGUAAAAUAACCUCAGCGCAACGGAAGCAGCAUGGCAAGCAUGCGCAUUACGGUCUUUCUAUUUUCCAAGCUCAUGCAGAUUGCACGCUGCAAAGACACCUGAUGACUGGGAACACAGUUAUAGGCUGUGCAUGCAGUAAAAUAAUCAAAAUUAUCUCCUAUUUAUGUUUUUUUUCCAUUUUAGAUUAUUUUCUGUUUCAAAUAUUAAAAUCAUGCAAUUCACGCCUACGCAAUGCCAGCUUCACCACUUACUGUGGUGCAAAGAAAGUGAGCUGUGAACACUUCCCUGCCUUUUGUUUAUUUGUACAAAGUACAUUCUUAGGAUUUAUAUUUCAUCUGAUAGAUUAUUAUUACAUGCACAUACAUGAAAAUCCAAUAAUGUGGUACCAUAAACGAACACUUUUACUGCAGGUUGGCUACAAUUCUGUUUCAAUAUUGUGCGAACUGUGGUGCCAGGAGCAUUUCUCCCAAUAGGACUUGUGCAUAUUUUGAGAAUUGCCAGUAUUUCAACUAAAUUUUGGUGCCUUAUACAAACUGAAAGAACAUUCUAGCGCAAAUAGAAAGUUGCGUAUAGUACGCCGGCACACAUCAACACUUACAAGCUCUUCUUAAAAAGGAAAUAUGCACUUGUUUUAUAAAAGUGGUGGCGCAGUUGCUCUAGUGAUGACACUGUGGAGUAGUGGUCAGGUGCUGUUGAUUGUGAUUUGUACUAAAAGUUGAUAUGAUUUAAAGCCUUUGAAAGUGAGCAAGUUUUCAUGUGUACCAGGGUAAGUACUUCCCUAAAAGUUCUAUUUGCACACACCAGAAUGUCUGUAGGGUGUGUCUAUGCAGAUUUUCUUUGUUCAUAGCAUGAACCAUGUUAUGAUAUUGAAUAAAUAUUGUUUAAACUA